AUUCUGUACAACGGAUAUGAUGCAGUUUGACUUCACCAUUCAAUUUGCAUUUAUGCUCAUGGACGAUUGAUUCUUUCCGGUUGCAAAGCACAUCAAGCAUGGGUAAACCUAGAGGUCUUCGUACGGCGCGCAAGCACGUGAAUCACAGACGUGAGCAGCGAUGGAAUGACAAGGACUACAAAAAGGCACAUUUGGGAACUAGAUGGAAGGCUAAUCCUUUUGGUGGUGCCUCUCAUGCUAAAGGAAUUGUUUUAGAAAAAGUUGGAGUAGAGGCCAAACAGCCAAAUUCCGCUAUCCGUAAGUGUGUCAGAGUACAGCUGAUCAAGAAUGGAAAAAAGAUCACAGCUUUUGUACCAAGGGAUGGUUGUCUCAAUAACAUUGAGGAAAACGACGAAGUUCUAGUGGCGGGUUUCGGUCGGAAGGGUCAUGCUGUUGGUGAUAUUCCUGGAGUACGAUUCAAGGUGGUGAAGGUCGCAAAUGUUUCUUUAUUAGCCCUCUACAAAGAGAAAAAAGAACGACCUAGAUCUUAAAUUGUCUGCUAUUAAAAAGAUGUAUUGACAAAUAUAAAAAUAUAAUUUAAAGACAA